AUGGUAUUUAUUUUUAAAAAGUCAUUAGAGACAAAAAAGAAGAUAUCAAAUGACACAGAAGAAAAAAAAGAAGAAGAAAAGAUAACAAAUAACCAAGACCGUUUUUUAAAUGGUGUUGGACCUUAUAAGUUCAUAAAGCCUCUAGGUAGUGGAAAGUUUAGUACAGUUAUGCUUGCAAAACAUUUAGAAACACAACAAGAAGUAGCUAUUAAGAUUAUAGAUAAACUAUCGCAUGAUUAUAGGGUCAUGGCACGGCUUGUAAGAGAGAUAGCAAUUAUGAAAGUUUUGCAGCAUGAUUCAAUUGUAAGAUUAUAUGAAACAUUUGAAAGCUGUGAUUCAUUAUAUUUGAUUAUGGAAUAUGUACCAGGCUGGAACUUGGACGAAUACCUUCAAGGAAAAAAGAAUAAUUGUUUAAAUGAAGAUGAAGCUAGACAUAUAUUUAGUCAACUUGUAACAGCUGUAGAUUAUUGCCAUCGUAAUUGGAUUGUUCAUCGUGAUUUAAAAACUCCUAAUGUAUUAAUUACGUUGGAUAAGAACGUAAAGUUGGCAGAUUUUGGACUAGGAAAUCAAUAUGGAUUACAAAGAUUACGAACAAUUUGCGGCUCUAUGUUAUAUUAUAGCCCUGAAAUCAUCACAGGUCAAAAAUAUUAUGGACCUGAAGUAGAUUGUUGGUGUCUUGGUAUCACACUAUUUCGUAUGACAGCUGGAUUUGAGCCUUUUUCACAUGCACAUACUGUGGGUGAACUUAAAAAAGAUAUUUGUAAAUGCAACUUCCUCAUGCCGAACACGCUUAGCUUAGAAUUACAAGCCACUAUCAGGAAAUGCCUUCAAGCUGAUCGACGAAAAAGAAUGACAAUCAGACAAGCUUUAAAGGACGAUCCAUGGCUUACUAACCUUAACCAGUUGCCCUGCCCAUUAUCAACAUCAUCUGAAACUGUAUUUGAAAACGAGGCCUGUAACAAUUCCCUUAGUGAGAAAUCAACACGUCAACAAUUUAGGAAAGAUUUCAUCCGCCAUGACUCAACUAACACUAAUAUCAGAAAAACGAUCAUUUACCAUCCUAUUAAUCCUGCUACCUACUACACAACCAAAUCUUUUACCAAUUUAACACCAGGGGAAGGAGGAUAUCAUCAUCAAAAUGUUGAAUUAUUAAGAUCUGACCUACUUCAAUCCAUUUGUACUCGGACCCAUCGACUGGGCAUUCGUUCUAGAAAACGUUGGAAAUCUCUUUUUUUAUCAUCAUUGAAAAGGCAUUCUAUUACUGACCUUGUGCAACGUAUUACUAAAGAUCAAGUCUAUUAUUUUCAAUUAAAUAGCUCAUUACAACAAAUUAUUGAUGCAUCACAUCCUCCUUCCCUUUCAUCAUCACCUACAUCAUAUAGUAGUAGUGACGAAAUACCCACAGUUAAUAUAGAGCAACAAGAAAAUCGUGAAAUAAUGGCUUUAAUCUGCGAAACCUGCCAACUCAUGGGUAUUACUUAUUUUCAGGAUUCCCUUCUUUCUCUUCAGUGCGUUCUUACCUUAAGAAAUACUCCAAAAAUAUUACCGAUAGUACGAGCCUCUUCAUCCUAUAGUCGUAAACAAAGUCAAAGUAGUGCAUCAUUGGGUGAUGAUUUUUUUACAACAAAACGCCUUUCAUUACCCUUAUUAUCUCAUCUCACAUCAUCUAUGACAACAUCCUUUUUUGGGCGUAGUAAACCUCGCCAUUCAGUAGAUCAAGCACAGCGACAGCAACAAAUCAUACAUAAUAAUAGAAAAGGAAAACAGGGAAUUGCAGUAUUUAAAAUUGAAGUUGAGUGUCAUAAAAGAAGAGCAGAUCGAAUCGUCUUGAGGUUUUCUAAACUGCAAGGAUCAAACACGGUAUUUAAGAUGGCAAGUGGGUGGAUAGCUAGUGUAAUGACUUUAGAUAGUAAAUAA